AAGCAGACCAGCCAUUACACGUAAUCGUUAACAGUUUUGUUUUUUAGGUAUGGACAAAGUUGGAGUUUUGGUUUCACGCAAUUGCAUCAUUCUGUGCAUCUGCUGUUUGUAUAAUCUAUAUUUCCAAUAUACUUGGUCUCAUGAGACAGUCAGAUAUCAGUCAGCCUGAGGUAGUGUAUAGCUACCAUGGAAUAGCUUCAAUCAUCGGAAGGGCUCUGCUCACGCUCCUUCUUGGUCUCACCAAAGUUCAUAUAGCUGUAGUAAUGAUUUGCAACUACAUAAUUGCUCAGACAGCCAUAUCUUCUGCAGCAUUUUGCUAUACAAUUUGGCCUUUUCGUAUCCAAAAUUUCUUCUCUGGAUUUGGUAUAGGUCUCUUUCAAGCCACUAUUGCGCAGUUUCUGCUUCUAAUAGUUGGACCAUCGCAACUUCCGGGGGCUUUAGGAUACACAAACUUACUAAAUGGUGCUGCCGCUUUUGUGGCAGUUCAAAUUGCAGGCACUGUCACGCAAAAAUAUCACAGCAUUCGUGCGGCUUUCUACAUAACAAUAAUCUUCGGAAUGACUGCAGUCAUAGUUGCCAUAUUGAACUCGGCUUUCAUUCUGGUUAGGCAAAGGGCUGCAAGAAAAAAAGCGGAAAAGUCCGCAGAAAUUCCUGAACUUCGAGCAAUGCUACAAACUUCUGAAGAGUGA